ACUCUAACCGACAGUGCAAAACUUGCAGAGUUUUUUUUUUAUAUGUUUAAACGUUUUUCGUGUAUUAAAAGUUUAUCAAUAAAUACAGCGACAAAAUGCCGCGCAUAAUGAUCAAAGGCGGCGUCUGGCGCAAUACAGAGGAUGAAAUUCUCAAGGCGGCUGUCAUGAAAUAUGGCAAAAAUCAAUGGAGCCGCAUUGCCUCAUUGCUGCAUCGCAAGUCGGCGAAGCAGUGCAAGGCGCGUUGGUACGAAUGGCUGGAUCCGAGCAUCAAGAAAACCGAAUGGUCACGCGAGGAAGAUGAGAAACUCUUGCAUCUGGCCAAGUUGAUGCCGACGCAAUGGCGCACGAUAGCGCCUAUAAUUGGACGCACUGCAGCACAAUGCCUUGAGCGUUACGAGUAUCUGCUCGAUCAGGCUCAGCGCAAAGAGGAUGGAGAGGACACAAUGGACGAUCCGCGCAAGUUAAAGCCCGGCGAAAUAGAUCCCAAUCCGGAGACAAAGCCUGCUCGGCCGGAUCCCAAGGACAUGGACGAAGAUGAGCUGGAAAUGCUGUCGGAAGCGCGUGCCCGCCUUGCAAAUACCCAGGGCAAGAAGGCCAAGCGCAAGGCACGCGAAAAGCAGCUGGAGGAGGCGCGUCGUCUGGCAACUCUACAGAAGCGUCGAGAGCUGCGCGCCGCUGGCAUCGGCAGUGGCAACCGAAAGCGCAUUAAAGGCAUCGACUACAAUGCGGAGAUUCCCUUUGAGAAGCGACCGGCAGCCGGUUUCUAUGACACCUCCGAGGAGCAUCUGCAGAAGCAGGACCCAGAUUUUAAUAAGAUGAGGCAACAAGAUCUGGAUGGUGAGCUGCGCUCCGAGAAGGAGGAGCGCGAACGUAAACGCGACAAGCAGAAGCUCAAGCAACGCAAAGAGAACGAGAUGCCGUCGGCCAUGCUGCAGAACAUGGAGCCAGAGCGUAAGCGCUCCAAGCUGGUGUUGCCCACACCCCAAAUCUCCGACAUGGAGCUGCAGCAGGUGGUCAAGUUGGGUCGGGCCAGUGAGAUGGCCAAGGAGAUUGCUGGCGAGAGCGGCAUCGAGACUACGGAUGCUCUGCUGGCCGAUUACUCCAUCACACCCCAAGUGACUGCCACGCCGCGCACGCCGGCUCCCUAUACGGAUCGCAUUAUGCAGGAGGCGCAAAACAUGAUGGCUCUAACGCACACGGAGACUCCGCUCAAGGGCGGUCUCAACACGCCAUUGCACGAAUCCGACUUCUCCGGCGUGCUGCCCAAGGCGGCGGCCAUUGCCACACCCAACACCGUCAUUGCCACACCCUUCCGUACCCAGCGUGAAGGAGGCGGUGCUGCCACGCCCGCUGGCUUCCUAACACCCGCAUCGGGAGCUCUAGUUCCCGUACUGAAGACUGGAGCAGUUGGCAGCGCCACAACACCUGCCUUUGUGCGGGACAAGCUAAGCAUCAAUGCCGAGGAGAGCAUGGGCGUUACAGAGACGCCAGGUCUGUACAAGAAUUACCAGAAGCAGCUCAAGUCGACGCUAAGAGAAGGACUCGCCACUUUGCCGGCUCCACGCAACGACUACGAGAUUGUGGUGCCGGAGCAGGAGGACAGCGAACACAUGGAGACGGGAACAGAGCCCGCUAUCGAGGAUCAGGCCGAUGUGGAUGCACGUCUGCUCGCCGAACAGGAGGCGCAACGUAAACGCGACCUGGCCAAACGUUCCCAGGUCAUACAACGCAGCCUGCCGCGUCCCACGGAGGUCAACACAAAAAUAUUGCGGCCACAGUCGGAGAAACAGAAUCUUACCGAGCAGCAGCAGGCCGAGGAGCUGAUCAAGCACGAAAUGAUCACCAUGCAGCUUUAUGACUCUGUGAAGGAUCCGGUGCCGGGUCAAUCGCAGCAUAAGCUGGAGCAGCUGCAGAGUUACUUCAAGGCCAAUCCGUAUGAGGAGAUAUCGGAGGAGGAGCUGGCCGAUGCUAAGCAAAUGCUGGCCGAUGAAAUGGAUGUUGUGAAGGAGCGCAUGUCCCAUGGCGAGUUGCCGCUCGACGUUUACGCCCAGGUGUGGCAGGAGUGUCUUGGCCAGGUGCUCUAUCUGCCCUCGCAGCAUCGCUACACACGUGCCAAUUUGGCCAGUAAAAAGGAUCGCCUGGAGUCGGCGGAAAAGCGACUGGAACAGAAUCGCCGUCACAUGGCCAAGGAGGCCAAGCGAUGCGGCAAGAUUGAGAAGAAGCUCAAGAUACUCACAGGCGGAUAUCAGGCGCGUGCUCAGGUGUUGAUCAAGCAACUCCAGGACACAUAUGCGCAGAUCGAACAAAACUCGCUGUCGUUGUCCACAUUCCGGUUUCUUGGCGAGCAGGAAGCGAUUGCCGUGCCACGACGCCUGGAAUCCCUGCAGGAGGAUGUGCGCCGACAGAUGGAGCGCGAGAAGGAAUUGCAACAGAAAUACGCCAAUCUGGCCGAGCAACGUGAAGCAUUGUUCAAUGAAAUCGAGCAGCUCUCCGGCGUGCGACCCACAGCACAGCAGCUACUCGGUGUGGAUCAAGAUCAAGAUCAGGAACAGGACCAAGAGAUGCAGCCACAACAAGCCUAGAAAGGCAGUCAUCAUUUAAAUAAUCUAUUAUCCCAAAAAGAAAGAUUUAAUUUACAAAUACACAAUUUAUUCACUUCAA